ACGUCUGGCAGAAAGAACUGAUUAUAAGGCCAACAGAAGGGAAACAGAAGAGGGAGGGAGAGAGGAAAACCAUGAGAGCGUAGAUGCAAAAAAGGCAGGAAAAAAAACAACAAAAAAACACCACAGUGUAAAAGAUGCACAAGGAACAAUAACGCACUGUGUUGGUGAAAGGGAGCUGGUGAGAGCAAUGAGAAAUCAGGCAGACUUUAGUCAUCGCUGCUGCUGAGAAGCAGUCCCCUCUCUCCGCUCCAUCUCUCUCCGUGCCAGCUUGAACCGAGCCUCGUGUGCGACGCGGAGACUCCUGCAGUGCCUGCUCCCUUCCCUGCAGCCGCCGGCUGUGUUUGGGCUAUGGUCCUGCCUGAGAACCGGGGCAUCACCCAGAUGAACAACUCCGACUGUGUGGGAGGGUAAAGGCAACAAAAACAGCAGCAUGGGAGCAAAGCAGAUGAAAUGCCUUAGCUCUGCCAGCCCUGCCCACUCUCCCAAAGAGGAAUAUGUUAUCGCCCAGUCCGCUGAGGCCCCUACGGAAGUAGUCCCACAUCAGCCUGAUAACCAGGGGGAAAAUCAGGAAGACAAAUCUGAGCCGUUAGAGAGGAAAUCUGUCCCAGAGAAUGUGUCACUCUGUGGAUUGUGUCCCAUGCUUGGGCAUAAUGGGCAGGAGGAAGAAAAGUCCUGGGAGGAGCAGCUGGAUGCCCACCAGGAGCAGCUGGAAAAGGAGAUGCAAGAAGCCAGGAGGAUGGUGUUUCGGCUACAGGGUCUUCUGUUGCAAGGCUCCCUACCUGAGGAGGACCAGGACGGAUCGGGGAGCUUUGGAGACAACAGAGCAACCACGGAGCAGCAGCUGGUUCUAAUCCGCAGUCGUCUGGACCAAAGCAUGGAAGAAGCCCUUGAUCUGAAGAGGGAGCUCCUGAGGCACAAACAGGAGACAAGACAUAUUCAGGCCAUCAAGGAUGCCCUGCAGCAGCGCCUGUCAGUGCAGGAGGAUGCUGUGCUGCAGCUUAAGCAGGAACUACUGAGGUGCAACAUGACCAAAGAUCAGUUAGAAGGAGAAAAUGAAGAGCUCAAACGCAAGCUGAGUGAAAGGAACAAAUUACUCACUGAAUAUGAGCAGCAGCAGCUGGGGAAGAAGGACAGAUUGCUGCAGCAUCAGAAGCUUGAUGAAGCUCAGCAUAAAGCACAUGAAGUCGGCCACGGACGGUCAUUUAGGGGGGAAAAUGGUGGCUUUAGUAACUCAGUGGCAUUGACUUCUCCUUCAACGUUUCAGCACAAUGCAUCCGGCGAAGAGCUCCAGCUCGUCAGGGAAGCCCUGCGCAGUCUGAGGGACAGUUUCUCAGGCCAUGACCCUCAGCAUCACACCCUGGACACUUUAGAGCAGGGUAUUGCCAGCCUCAUGGACCGACUCCACUCCUUGGACACUCAGCGAAGACAAGAAAGACGGGAGGAAUUUAAAUCACCAGGACGCAGAGCCAACUCAACAGACCGUGACUCCUGGCCACCAAGCUCAAAAAUGGCGCACUCACACAGUAGCCCGGGUCUUGACGCUGUCGUCUCUACUAAAGUUCUCUACUUUACUGAUCGCUCGCUUACUCCUUUUUUGAUUAACAUCCCUAAAAGGCUGGGUGAAGUGACACUGCGGGACUUUAAAGCUGCUGUAGACAGACAAGGCAAUUUCAGAUAUCACUUUAAAGCCCUUGACCCUGAGUUUGGCACAGUGAAAGAGGAGGUGUUCCAGGAUGGAGCAGUGGUCCCUGGCUGGGAGGGGAAGAUUGUGGCAUGGGUGGAGGAGGACCACGGAGAGAGGAGGUAGAGCUCAGAGCACCAGAGAUCGCCACCUCAAACCUCAUCAUCCCUACCGGAUCAGAACUUUUACUAAAAACAAUCUGUCAUGCCAUAUAAAAAAAAAAAAAAAAAGCUGUUAAACAAUAACUGGGACCAAGGGAGAGACCAUCGUUCAUCCGCAGCAAUGUUUUAAAAGUGAAUGUUUCAUACCCAAAAAAAUGUCUCAGCAUUUUUUGCUACUAUUUUAUUUAAUAGAAUUGAAUGUUGCUCAUAAUUUCCUGCUUAAAGAAUAACAUUCAGCUACAAUAUCAACGGCCAGUAAAACAGUGAUACUUGAAGCUUUUAACUUAAAAAAAA